CGUCACAAAGGACGUUACACGUUCUGUCUAAAUGUUGCAAAUGUUCCGACAAGCGUAAAUUCCGAUUACCGUGAGCGUUGUGCCACAAGGACAUGGGCGACCUUGUCAGCAAGGAAGCGGUCCCGGAUGUGCCGAAAGUUUCACCUGUUUUCAAUGACGUCCUAAUUUCCGAUCGCUACGGAAGCGAGAAAGCUGAGGAUGUGUCAUGGCGCAGACUUCACGAUGCUAUCGUCAACAACGACAUAGAGCGCUGUCGCAGCAUCCUGCAUGACAACAUCUACCCAGGUAACGUGCACUCCCUAGAUUCGUGGAUAAACUCUCACCCCCGGGGAGGGGGCCGUUUCACGCGCACCGCGCCUCCCCUACAUCUUGCCUGCAUGCACCGACGGCCCCUGAUUGUGAAACUGCUUCUAGAAAACGGUGCCAACCCGUAUUCUUGGGAUAAUUUUGGGCGAUGUGCCGUGGCCGUUCUUCUGGAAUAUUGGCCCCGGAUCUCAGUCGAUUGGGAGGAAAUGGGAGACACGGCUAAGAAAUCGCGUGAAGAGGAAGAAUUUAAGACACGUGUUUGGCAGCAACAUCAGAGAUCACGUGCAUGUUUGCGACACCUCCUGAACGCUGGCUUCGACGUGCGCGUUGCCGCCAGCACGUGCCAGAAACAGUCGGUGCUUCACUUGUGUGCCAAAUUUGAUAUAUCAGAACCAGUGAAUAUGUUCCUGGAGAAGGGGGCGGACUUGGAGGCCCAAGACUAUGAAGGGAGAACGCCAUUAUUGUACGCCGCAUCUAUAGCCCAUGGGAGCGUGUAUCAGGAAUUGCUGAAGUGCGGCGCAAGCGUUAGCAAGAGCGACUACUGUGAGCGACAGGUGCUGCAUUACUUGUGUGACAACCCAACGAAUCCCCACAGUUUAGUGACACAGACGAUCAAAUACGGCGCGCUUGUCAACGCACGUGACUUCACAGGUGACACGCCGUUACACCGAGCUGCAAAAAAUGGUUCUCCUGAACACAUCCGGGUCUUACUCCACCUCGGAGCCGAUCCAGACUCUCCCAACAGUAGAGGAAGGUCGCCAUUAUUUCUCCUGCUUCAUCGUCGGGAAAAGAUCGUCAUGGCAAGUUUUCUCCCUCUUUUGAUGACGUCGUCCAGAAUAAGAGUCCGCGACAACGACGGAGAAUUGCCGAUGUUGUUGAAACGCCGUGGUUACAACGAUCUCUCGCGGCAACUGGAGGAACUUAGUCGAAACCCCCCUUCCUUGAUGAGAACUUGUCUCGUUAAAAUCCGAGCCACACUCGGUAUUCAGCGAUGCGAAAUGGAUGUGGUGGAUUGCCUACCCCUGCCAAAAGUACUACAAGAUGGCAUCCUUGGUUCUGACGAACUGUGCCUAAUUGCCGCCAACAUUCACCCAAUAUUCUUGCUGGAGACAGAGACCGGAAGUUGACUUUAAAAAGCCGGGAGACAUGUUCAGUAUUCCCGUGCGCAUAUUUAACCCCACUUCAGACCUUGUAAUCACUGCUACGUUUGAAGAUGAAACGAUAUGUCUUGUAAUAUCAAUGAUACAUUUAAAUAACUUCUGGAUCGGUCUAGAUUGAGUCAGCAGAGCUGGAGACGAAUAAUUUGACUCCAAGCAGAGACCAUUUAAAUUAUAUGGUCUCUGCUCCAAGUAAUCAAUUAGCCUCAGUAUGGUGCGUUAUUGCCCCUCUAUGAGCGAUGACAUAACAUUUAUAUACCACAAUAAUUUGGAGUUACAGUAUGUUCCCUUACAAGCUGAGCUGACUGAAAAAGCAAGGCUUUAUUUGAUCAUUUCUUCCUAUCAGAAAAGAGAAAAUAACAUAAAUUAUUUAUGAGGUGAGGCAGCUUCGUGGCUGAAUCUCUUACGUUCGUUCGUCACGUUGAAGACCCAGGUUCGAUUCACCACAUGUUUACAAUGUGUGUCCCCGCCGUGAUAUUGUUGGAUAUUGUUGACAGUGGUGUAAAGCCAUACUCGUCCACUAACAAUGUUACCACUUUGACUGCAAUCAGAACCAUUCCAUGAACGUGUCUGUGGUUUGUUAAGAGCAUUUCACUGCAAUGCUACUUUAUUUGUAAUACAACUUGUAUAUACAGCCGGUACAAUAAAGUGGUAUAAAAGACUGUUUGGUGUGCCAGAAAGCAAUGAUCUUGGGUUGGAAUCCUGUUUGGGAAUAUGAAUCAAGCUCGAUCCCCUCUAUUAAUGUUCAUACUCAAAUAGGGCCGGUGGGGUAGCCUAGUGGUUAAAGCGUUCGCUCGUCACGCCGAAGGCCCGGGUUUGAUU